AGAUGCGUCCGCCUCGGCCUCCCAAAGUGCUGGGAUUACAGGCAAGAGCCACUGAGCCAGGACCCUUGUGGGGCCUUUGUCUUCUCGACAUUCCUCGGAGAGGGGUGCUGGGGACUGCUGAUUUCUAGAGGUAUAGAUUCUAGGGCAGAAAAAUGUUGGGAACCUGAAUGUGCCUCUAGGUAGUGACGCCUGGCACCCGCACCCCACCAACCCGCUGGCUUCAAAACUGGGAUAUCUGGGGGUGGAAUUUUUUUACGGAAGUCGGGUGGCUGCUGCCGAGGGGUUCCCUCCUCCCCUUUCCCCACUUUCCGCGACGCUGGUGGAAAGUUGGGUCAGAGGGAAAGUGCGAAGCAGAAGGAAGGAAACGGCGGAGGCGGACGCCCCACCCCCAUCUUCUAAUGGCUUUGCAGGAGUCAGGCGGCAUCUACUGCCAGUUUUUCCGCGCGGGAGGGCGAGGUGGGCGCCCAAACCCACUCCCCCCCUCCCCGCCACACCCGCCGCAUUUAGUUGACUUAAGGACCCUGAUGACUUCCGCUCCUCCUCUCUCGCACAGUGAGUAGGGGUGAGCGCAGCCAUUGUCCAACGCAGACUGUGAAGAAGCUUCUGGAAGAGCAGAGGCGCCGCCAGCAGCAGCAGCCCGACGCUGGCGGGGUGCAGGGACAGUUUCUCCCUCCCCCAGCGCAGCCCCUGACCCCAUCUGUGAAUGAGGCCGUGACUGGCCACCCUCCCUUCCCAGCACACCCGGAGACUGUGAGUUCUGGAGUUAGCAGCCUGGGUCCCCCCAUGGGCUUUCCAGACUGGGACCCCAACACGCAUGCUGCCUACGCAGACAGUCCCUACUCUUGCCCUGCUCCUGCUGCCGAAAGUUUCCUGCCUCCUGACUUCUACCCACCCUCGGACCCAGGGCCGCCGUGCCCAUUUCCCCAGGGCAUGGAGGACCCCCAGGACAGCCGGCUCUAUGCAGGAUCUUCCCUGCCACAGGCAGGGCCCUGGAGAGUUUCUGCACCCCCUUCAGGACCCCCUCAGUUCCCCGCUGUGGUCCCUGGACCAUCCCUGGAGGCGGCCCGGGCUCACAUGCUGGCUUUGGGGCCACAGCAGCUGCUGGCCCAGGAUGAGGAGGGGGACACGCUCCUGCACCUGUUGGCAGCUCGGGGGCUGCGCUGGGCGGCGUACGCUGCGGCUGAGGUGCUCCAGGUGUACCGACGUCUUGACAUUCGUGAGCAUAAAGGCAAGACCCCUCUCCUGGUGGCAGCUGCUGCCAACCAGCCCCUGAUUGUGGAAGACCUGCUGAACCUGGGAGCAGAGCCCAACGCCACCGACCAUCAGGGACGUUCAGUCUUGCACUUGGCUGCUACCUAUGGGCUACCAGGAGUUCUGUUGGCUGUGCUUAACUCCGGGGUCCAGGUUGACCUGGAAGCCAGAGACUUUGAGGGCCUCACCCCGCUCCACACGGCCAUCCUGGCCCUUAACGUUGCCAUGCGCCCUUCCGACCUCUGUCCCCGGGUGCUGAGCAUGCAGGCCCGAGACAGGCUGAAUUGUGUCCACAUGUUGCUGCAAAUGGGUGCUAAUCACACCAGUCAGGAGAUCAAGAGCAACAAGACAGUUCUGCACUUGGCCGUGCAGGCUGCCAACCCCACUCUGGUUCAGCUGCUGCUGGAGUUGCCCCGGGGAGACCUGCGGACCUUUGUCAACAUGAAGGCCCAUGGGAACACAGCCCUUCACAUGGCGGCUGCCCUUCCCCCUGGGCCAGCCCAGGAGGCCAUUGUGCGGCACCUGUUGGCAGCUGGGGCGGACCCCACACUGCGCAACCUGGAGAAUGAGCAGCCUGUUCACCUGCUGCGGCCCGGGCCGGGCCCUGAGGGGCUCCGGCAGCUGUUGAAGAGGAGCCGUGUGGCACCGCCAGGCCUGUCCUCUUAGGACUCAAGCCCAGACCCUGGACUGAUUUUCCAGUCCCCACCGUCCUGCGGGACAGCCAGCGUAUGCUAAUGUUGCAAAUCCAUGAUAAUGUAUGUGGAAUAUCCUGCCAUUAGGGUCUUACAUUAAAACCCCAGAAUGGCUGCAGGAAGGUGAACAGUCCCCAACAUUUGGGGUGCUGUGAUACCCCUCUUCCACCCACAAGGAGCCCUCUUAAUGAUUUCUGUGAAAUCGAGGCCCCUUGAUUGUUUCUGUGAAACACCCUGCACCCCUAGUCCUUUCCCCACUGUGAUCUUUCAAGUUCUCUCCCCUAACUCAGCUCUUGUUCCCAGAAACCCAGAUGUAAUCCCCCUACAUGGUGCUUGGGGCAUCCCAAUACCAUCUCAGUAAGGCUCCUAUGAUGACCUCCUCACCCUCCCUGGGACCCACAUCCUUCAGAUCCUCACCCUGAGGCAGGAGGGACCCUCAGGUCCCACUGCUCUCUGAUUCAGAAUUCAGCUAGGCCCCGUUCCAGACCCCAGCAUUCCUGGUCACUCCCUCCCUAAUCUGAGCAUCACUCAAGCUCUUUAUUAAACUCAAUUUGGGC